AUGGACAACUUACUGCUGGGUGUGAAAGAUGCAAAUCUGAAAUUGACAUUAGCAUUUGGCUGUGGGCUUCAUCAUGCUGGCCUUCAAGAAAAAGAUCGAAAAAUUGUUGAAGAAUUGUUUGUCAAUCAGAAAAUACAGGUACUUAUUGCAACAAGUACUUUGGCUUGGGGUGUAAACUUUCCAGCUCACCUCGUCAUCAUUAAAGGUACUGAAUAUUACUGUGGCAAAAGCAGACGUUAUGUGGAUUUUCCAAUUACUGAUGUCUUACAAAUGAUGGGACGAGCUGGAAGACCACAAUUUGAUGCCCAAGGAAAGGCAGUCAUUCUGGUUCAUGAUAUAAAAAAGCAUUUCUAUAAAAAAUUUCUCUAUGAGCCUUUCCCAGUUGAAUCCAAUUUGUUAUCUGUGCUACCUGACCAUUUGAAUGCAGAAAUUGUCUCUGGAACAAUUAAUUCUAAGCAAGAUGCUAUGGAUUACAUCACAUGGACCUACUUUUUCCGUCGGUUGGUCAUGAAUCCAAGGUUAGUAGCAUUUCUUAUUCAUAACAUAUUUGAUUCUUUUAUGAGAAGUCAUAUGGUCUUAAUAUUCUGA